UUAGGAAUCAAUGUAAAUAUCAAAUUUCGCGGCUUCAUCUAGUCGAAAAUUUUUAGAAGAUGCGAGAGGUGUGUGUAGAAAGGACGAAAGGAGACAUCUGACGCCCUCUUCGAGAACUAAAAUUGUUUUGUUUUCAAUCCAGAAAAAAAGUAAGGAUUUCUCCAAGAGGAAGAAAAAUUGAAUUUUACAAAUUUUCUGUCCUCACACAAGACGAACGCCGAUGGAAUAUGAGCAGCUGGGUUGUCUGAAGUUGGCUGGGCUCAGCGAAGUGAAGAACAACCUGAGGUGGUCUCCGGACAACAAAAUCGCCGUGAUCACGCGCAAAGGCGUUCACGUCGUGGCCCCUCACGCCAAUGUCAAGUCAGCAAAGGAUUUCUCUCUGACGUCGACUCUAAUUAUUCCUCAAAAUGAUUUUCCAACACACAAUACUGAACUUGAUGUUGACAGCAUUUUCCUCAACCAUCCAGAACGAGCUGCCAUUUAUGAGAUGGUUCUCGACCCCAUGCUUUACAAGGGCGUUAAGCAUACUGAGUCGCAGUUACCAGUUGCAAUUCAAGCAGAGUGGGCACCUAUCACCAUAGACGGUUUUGACGGGCACAUACUAGCCGUCAGAACUAGCUCUGGGGGAGUCUAUUUGUAUCGAUUCAAAUUAAACGAAUGGCAAGAGUUUCAAGACAUCUCUCAUAAAAAGUAUGAGUUGGCCGUCAAGUAUUGGCACAACAGCUCAAAUAAUCCAGAUAACUUGCGAUCUCGAGUUAAUGAGCUUUAUGCAACAGCUCUAUGUUGGGAGAGUGAUGAGGCAGCAAAAGUUCUUACACUAUGGGUCGCUUAUGGGGACUGCACUUUGGUUUCAUGGAAAAUUGGGCUGGAUGGAGCAUCAUUUAAGUCUAUUGUGGUUUUGAAAAACAUGACAAAAGUGACUCACAUUGCAUGGAACGGCUUCUUGGUUGUUGGAGACAUCAAGGGAAUUGUCCAUUUGAAUUUCCCUUCUGAUGAAAAAACUGUGGAAUUUUGGACAGAGCAAGAUCUCAUUCCAGUAGAGUCAUCCCUUAUGUUUCCUUGCACCUCUGAGGGUUGGUUUCUCAUAAUUGUCAAGGGCAGUUGCAUUGUAGCAGCACGCGUUAGCAGUGAUGGGACAGCAGUGCAAAGAGGCACCAAAAACUUUGGUUCUCUUGGAAUAACAGGCCUUGUUCAUUUGCAAAACAAUGAUGUUUUGGUAUCUCACUUGUGUGGGAAAAUUGAGGAAGUGUCUCUUACUUUGAGUGAGAGUGAAAUUUCUUUUCAAGUAAAGACUUUGGAACACAAAUUGAACACUAAGGACUGCAACUUGCAUGGAAUCGCCAUUUCAAAGAAUUCUCUCAUUUAUGUCGUUUCUCAAAGCGCAUUCACUCCUCACGACCAUUUGGUGCUUCGAGAGCCGUCACAGUUGGUUUUCUUCACUUACAAUAAUGCUCAAGCAAUCUGGCGCAUGUUGGAGGAGAUCCAAUUUUCAGAGUCAUUCGUUUUGGAGAACAUAUGGGAUAUUUUAAAAAUACUAAGUAUACGUGGUGAACCCGAGGAUUGGCAAAAACCAGAAAAUUUGAAUAUUGUUGAAGAAAUUCCCAUUCUUCACAGAAGGUUGUUAUUACAAUCAAUAGAUGAGUCCAGAAGAGAACCGCAAACCCAAAUUGCAAAGGAUUUGAAAAAAAGUCUCGAAAGACUUGACAAAAACAUAAUUGCAAAACAACUCCUUCGUGUGCUAUCAAAUCUGAAGCCAGAUAGGUCAGAUCUGGAGGAAUAUAGCAAACAGUUAAUGACCAAUUGGCUCAAGUUGUAUGAUCCAAGCAAUGCCACCAAUCUCACCAAAGAGGAACUGGCUUUAAUAAUUGGCUUACCAACGGGAGAGUUUGUGGAAAAGUGCAACAUAUGCAGCAAUGAUGUAAUUUUUGAUAGCUCUUUGGAAAUGACCUGCGUAAAAGGGCACAAACUGCCUCGGUGUUGCUUGUCGUUGCUGCAGUGCAGUGAAACUCCAUACAGGCUAUGUAACGAGUGCAAUCAGUAUUGCCUAUUGGAUCCACCAUUCGAGUUGGAGCCAAGAUGUAUAUUCUGUUAUCACCCAAUGAUUGAGGAAAACUUUUUCAAAUAAAUAAUCGUAAAUAUCUUUCUCAAAAAUAUAUAUUGACUAGAACAAUUUCUUGUAA